AUAUAGGGCCAAUUCUAACAUAGCGGCAUACUUAUGCAUCUUUCACUUUUCCCCUAUUCGUCCGAUCAAGGGUUAAGCACGCGCCGCCAAAAUUUAAACCUCCCGGGAACAUGGGCCGAACCGGCGACGGCGGAUAUCCACCGGCGGAGAAGCCUUCUCGGUCUUCCGAUUCAAAGAGAAGUAGAACUAGUCAACACGACGUUGGUCAACACCGCAGCAAAAAGAAGCAAAGAGUAACAAUACGUCAAACUGAGACUAAAAGUGAAACCCUAACUCUGAAUCAAAAUUCCACUUCCUAUACCCAUACAUAUGCAACUUCCAGCAUUUAUUCAUACAAUAGGCGCAAAGAAAAGGGGCAUAAAGGAAAAUCAAAGAGGACGAGUGCAGAGGAUAAGCGCAAGUGGGUUUAUUCUACUCACAAUGUUUCCCCAUAUCAAGAUAGGGUGGUUUUUAUGUCGUAUAAUAUACUAGGGGUAAAAAAUGCAGCUGAUCAUGAGGAUCUGUACCACAAUGUUGCUCCAAAAUAUUUGGAUUGGGACUACCGCAAGCGGCUUAUUCGCAAGGAAAUUAGAGAAUAUAAUCCGGGUAUAAUGUGUUUCCAGCGCUGCAUGGUAUUUCUUCCGGAAUGUUAUCUCCCUUUUAAUGCUUGGGAAGUUAAUAGCAAAUUUUUCCAUUUUGAGAAGUAUGACAUUAUUGAUCUCCCUCUGCUUGAGUGUGGUCUAACUUCAAUUCCUUCCUAG